GAACGAGGAAGUUGUUUUUGGCGGUAAAGUAUGUUUAGUUUUUCGGCGUUAUAAAAAGUUGAAAGAAGUUAUUGUUGGUGAUAUGGCUCUACAGACCUAUGAUAUUAAGAAUAUCUUGGAGAAUUUUGAAUUUCUAGGUCAUAAACCCAGCGAAAGCGUGCUGAAUAAAUGCUUAGCGCUCUGCAACAAAUAUGCUAUCAACGAAGAGGAUUUCGUGGAUAUGUGGGCCGCCUUUGCGAUCACCCAUUUGAAAGGUGCAGCACCGUGUAUUGAAUCCCUGCAGUCCUUCGAAAGGAGAGAGUUGUCGAAGCCCGUGCAAAAAGCUACCGACAUAUUACACCAUCCAUUACCAUUAUUACCAUCUCAGAGUGUCGCUCCGAGUACACCGAAGGCAGUCAAUAAAAUACCAAUCCUGAGUGAUGAAAUUUCAUUGAGUCCAAGUGUUUCUCAGGCUAUACAAUAUUCUUCAAGAGAACAUGCAGGAAAAGUUAUUUUGUCACAUGGAACUAACAAAAAUUAUGUAUGUUGUAUGCAGGCUGUUGCUGUUAAGCAGCACAGUGAUAGCGGUGAAUUAUUAACAUCGGAUGUCAGAUACAUGUACGAAUCAAUGGGACGGAAAGUAACGAGUUUAGCGAGUAUAACGACAUCGGUAGCAAAUUGCAUCUUCAAGCAGCAUAAUCUGCAGAUGCCGGAAAGGUAUAUUCGCGAUGGGCAAGGUGACGAGUUUCUAUACGGUAGAAUUAUCUGUGAUAGCGAAGGGAAAUUGAACAAAGCUUCUGUGAUGCUAGAGUUACCGAGGGGCUCGUUUUCUCCAGGGGACGCGAUACCCAUGAAUCUGACUCAAAUGCCUUCAUAUUCUUUGUACCCUGGACAAAUAGUUGUCACGGAGGGUUUGAUAGUUCGCGGACAGAUUAACGUUGCUAAGAUUUAUCCCGGUGUUGACGAAAUUCCUAGACAGAAGCCAGUUCUUAAAGAGAACUUGCAAAUAAUGACCGCCUGUGGGCCGUAUACCUUGAAUAACAACUUGCUUUAUGAACCUUUGCAAGAUCUGCUGAAAGUGGUGUUGGAGAAACUACCACACGUGUUGAUCCUUACCGGACCUUUCAUGGAUGUUGAUCAUGACUUGAUAGCGAAUGGCUUUACUGAGGACUAUGAAAAAUUUUUCAAUUCUUUAGUUGAAAGUAUUAUGCUGCCUUUAGCUGGCACAAAGACGACUGUAGUCUUCGUAGCUUCCCAUAAAGAUGUUUUUCAUCACGUGGUUUAUCCAACUCCGCCGUUCGAAUUGAAACAUCAAUAUUCAAAUAUGAUCUGUGUACCUGAUCCAUGUGUCUUGGAUAUUGAAGGAGUUCUAGUUGGAAUUACGACAGCUGAUAUAGUUUUUCACAUUGCUAAACAAGAUUUAUGCUGGCCUUCUGGGCUUAGUGAUCGCAUGUCACGUAUCUGCCGACACGUCCUGAGCCAACAGCACUUUUAUCCAUUGUAUCCACCGGAUAAAACAAUGUCCGUUGAUCAUGAAUUAUUGGAGAGAUUCGGAAUGUUCGAGAAAGUACCUCACGUAAUGAUAUUACCUUCGUGCUUUAAACAUUUCAUUAAGAAUGUUAAUGGAUGCACGGUUGUUAAUCCAGAAAAACUGGUCAAGGGUAUGUCGGGAGGAACUUACGCCAGGCUCAAUAUUAGUACUAAAGAUACAACUUGUGAGAUCAUACAGAUUUAGUAAAAAAAUAUUUAUUUAUGUUUUUAAUUCU